AUGCUGGUCAAGUUCUGCGCGGGCUUUGUCUUCACAGCAGACUCCGAGCACGGGCUGAGGUGUUGGCCUGCUAGCAACCUGAUAUCAUGCUUGGCCAGACUUCCUCUUUUGGAGUCCGAAUCAGAAACCUCAGCAUUCCCUACAGCAUUGGCGGUGAGCCGCUGCUUACCGCAGAAUCUUGUCAAAGUAACAGUAGGAUUUGCAGACGGCCGUUUCGGCGUCUACGAUAUGGAUACUCAGACGUUAUGUCUGAGACUACGCUCUUUCCACCCCGCUUCUGCCGAUGGAGCAAUCACCGCGAUGGCCACAUCGAGUUCUUACCUACUAAUGGUCUCGGAGCACAAGGUUUUAUCCCUGUAUGAGAUGUUUUUAGCGGAACCCGAACAUCCAACUAGUUCCAACGCAGUGAAAUCGAGCAAACAAUCCUCAGGGGAAGGUGUGAAACUGCUCGCCUCUCUCAAGGCAGAUAGUAUCUUAUCCCCAAUGUCCCUGUCAGUUCGAUUUGCGCGUUCGGAGAUCAUUACAUCUAUUGUUUACAGCUUUUUCCAUAUUGGCUGUGGCUGGUCGCUGGGGAUUCAAGAACUGCAUUUUGGCAAGGAUGGCGAGCAGAUUGGUUCUCGACUUGCAACCACCGUUGACGCUCAGUAUGGAGCAAUGCCACUGCAUCCUCUUACUCUUUCGAGGAGGGGAUAUCCUUCGUCUUUUGAAUCCGGACCAUCAAGCGGCGAGUCUCACGUGGGACUGACAGAGCCGUCCAUAUUACACCAAGAACCGCCAACCUCCAUUUCCUACUCCCAUCCCUAUCUCUUGACCUCGCAUGCAGACAAUACAUUGACCGUGUAUCUUGUCGUUUCCACCGGUGCAAAACUUUUCGUCAAGGGAGGUCAGAGGCUCUGGGGUCAUACUUCAUCAGUAUCUGGAGUGCAAGUGAGCGACCGCGGAAAGGCGAUUUCCGUGAGCUCUCAUGGCGACGAAAUCAGAGUGUGGGAACUCGAGAAUCUGAUUCCCUCACUUGGGUCUUCAAAGGCGGUAAAGGAGAACAGCAUCCAGAUCAAUCCUGAGAACAAGUCAUGCAAGAGACAUGAGGGCGGGACCCUCCUGACAGGAUUUCUUACGUGCCAGCUUUGCGGGCCACACUUGGCCUCUGGGCAUAUGUCUCGUGAAUACACUCGGUUGGGAGGCUGUGUCGGGUUUGAUGAUGAGCGUUUGCUUCUUUCCAGUCGGAAGGAAACCGGGACACACUUGAUAGAACUCUAUGACUUCACGUAA